AUGUCUUGCAACGAUUCAGACCCCGAGGACGGGUGUUUCGACCCCCAGCCUAGACGGUUUGUACCUGUCAUGGAGCUUCUAUUACGGCAUGGGGCCGACCUAACCGUCAAGAAUGAAUACGGCGACACAGCUCUGGAUCAUGCGGCGACAGUUGGGGACAAACCAAGGAUUGAAACGCUCCUCAAGGUCAUGAAACGAGAUGCACUUUCUUGGGCAGACUGGAAGCAAAGCCCGAUCCACUCGGCCCUUGGAGGCUACCGUCCGCACGUUGCAAUGAAAUGGCUGCUCUCUGAGCGGGUAGUUAAGGAAGUGCCGUUUUGGAAGAACGGUGGAAGAGUUCAAGUCCUUAAGGAGGCGGCCAAAGUGGUGAAGCCCUUUUGUCUUUUGGAUUUGAUAUUUCGUGAGGUGCCAAGCGAGCACACGAUUGCGGUUACCGGGUCUGAUAAAUGGGCCCGAUCCAGUGGGCGGCAUACAAAAGUCUUCCGUGUGUCUUGUCCAAGCUUAUCGAUGACUCUGGUCGUGUUGAAGACGUCGGUAUGA